GCUCAUAGAAGCGUAACUCGACGCUCAACAUGCCGCUGGUGUCCUACGUGACCUGCGUUGAAUUUCCUUCUGCAUAGCUACAUUGGUCGCUUGGUACGAUGUUGUCGGAACAACUGCUUUUCUCGAGAGUGCUGUGCCAGUUGCGGCGGAACGUUCCGGUGUGUCGGCGCUUGUGCAACUCUGCGCCGCGCGAACUGGAUCCCAGCGUUAAGGAGAGAAUUUCCCGAGGCCCUUCGCUCGAGCAUUUUAUCGCCAACACUGCAAAUAGCGAUGCUGAAACUGAACGACCACGCUCGGCAGAACAGUUCCAACAUCCCUACGUUGCUGCCGAUGAAGUCCGGGCCAAAGGGAAGAAAGUACACUUCGAGACAUAUGGAUGCCAGAUGAAUGUCAACGACACUGAAGUGGCCUGGUCCCUGUUGAAGGAGGCUGGUUUUGUAAGGACCGACUCUGCAAGUGAGGCAGACGUAGUGCUCAUCAUGACUUGCGCCAUACGAGAGGGCGCCGAAGGAAAGAUCUGGUCGAGGAUAAAUCAAUUAAAGCACCUGAGGAAGCUGCGCCAUGCAGAGCGGCGUGGGCCCCUGCAGAUUGGGAUCUUGGGGUGCAUGGCUGAGAGGCUUAAAGAGAAGCUUAUAGAGAAAGAGAAAGCGGUGGACAUAGUUGCAGGCCCAGACAGCUACAGAGACCUGCCACGUCUCCUGACCCUCGCCCAUUCGGGACAAGUCGGUGUGAAUGUUCAGCUCUCUCUGGAUGAAACCUAUGCGGAUGUUGUCCCUGUUCGCCUGAAUGAGAACUCCAAGUCUGCAUUUGUGUCCAUCAUGCGUGGCUGCAACAACAUGUGCUCCUAUUGCAUUGUUCCAUUCACACGUGGUCGAGAGAGAAGUCGUCCGCUGGCGAGCAUCCUGGAUGAAGUGAGAGCCCUCUCAGAUCAGGGUGUUAAAGAGGUCACCUUGCUAGGGCAGAAUGUCAACAGCUAUCGGGACACCUCAGCCGAGAGCCAGGCACUGAUCGAGCGCAGCAAGGACGGCCCAGAGAUCUUGAGUCGGGGCUUCCGCACCGUCUACAAGUUGCCUGUCGGCGGCCUGCGGUUCGCCGAUCUCUUAGACAGGGUCUCACAGGUUGACAAGGAAAUGCGCAUUCGCUUCACCUCGCCCCAUCCCAAAGAUUUUCCAGAUGAGGUGCUGGAGGUGAUUAGGGACCGCGACAACAUUUGCAAGCAAAUCCACCUACCUGCGCAGAGUGGAAACAAUGCCAUUCUUGAGCGCAUGCGCAGAGGCUACACCCGCGAAGCAUACCUAGAGCUUGUGGACCGGAUACGUGAUGUUCUGCCAAAUGUGGCCCUGUCUAGCGACUUCAUAUGUGGCUUCUGUGGUGAGACUGAGGAAGCCCACGAGGAUACCAUGUCUCUCGUAGAUCAAGUGAAGUACAGCGUAGCCUACGUGUUUCCUUACAGUCUCAGAGAAAAAACACACGCACAUCGUCGCCUCGAAGACAAUGUCCCACUUGACGUCAAGAAACGCAGAGUUGGAGAAGUGCUAUCACUCUUUCGUCAUCAUGCAAAAGAGCUCUUCGAGCAGCAAAUUUCAACACAUCAGCUUGUCCUGGUUGAAGGAGCUAGUCGUCGUUCGCCAGAGGACAUGGCUGGCAGAAAUGACAACAAUGUGAAGGUUGUAUUCCCAAAGAUUCUCGUCCCAGAACACCCAUCAUCUUCAGUAAAGAAGCAGAUUCAACCAGGCGAUUAUGUAGUUGUUCAGAUUCAAGAUUGCUCAAGCCAGGUACUCAAAGGCAUGCCAUUGUAUGCCACUUCUCUGCAGCAAUAUAUGGCUGGAGAACGGGAGCAAAUGCGCUUGAGGCAUGUAUAGUUACUGUAGCAUUCAUACUGGAAUAAAGUGUGUGCCAUUAGG